CGGGCAAGACACUUAGUCGCUCAGUGCCUCCGUGGCUGUACGGACCAAUUCAGUAUCGCCUGCGAGCCGCACCCGAGCAGGCGCAGACCCCUCGCGCGGAACGGUGCCGUUUGUACCAGAUGUUAAUCUCCCCAAGGCCUUUUGUGUGUGACAGACAUGGUCUGCCCUCCCCCCCGUGAGGCAGAUGGAUUCCCGGCUGUCUGGAUUCUGCUCUGUUCUGCUCCCACACAACGCACGCGUGGGGCGGAGGGAAGAAAUCUCCGCAGGAGACGCUCCUAGCGCGGGCGGAGCUGGGGGACUGGUAGCAGAAUGUCGCACUCGUUGAAGAUGUUGCCCUGCAAGAAGAGAAGAGCUGUUGCUGUGGAGCCCCGGAGUCCUUCUGUCGACUUGAGCUAUCACAAGGAGUGUGCAGCUCUCCUCUCAGAUGCAGAGUCUGUUAAACUGGAGUCUUCUAAUCCUAGUGGCGCUGAGGAGCUCAGAGACUCUGUAUCAAAGCACUGGCGAGUGAGCAAAAUUACAGAUACUCAGCCUGCGUCAGCUGCCACGAAGACUGGUGCACAGCCUGUGUGCUCUGUAAGCACUGCUAUCAUACUGGAUAAGGAGUUGCCCUUUUUGGAAACCACUGAUGGUGGAGCCUCUAAGGGAAACAUAAUCCCAGGAAAAGGGACCUCCCAGGUGUGUAGCCAAAGGGCUUGGAAAGAACCAGUGGAGAAUUUCCUGAGAAGUGGGGAAAGAAUCCCAAUGAAGUGUAGAUCAGAUCUCAGUCAAGACAGUGGUGAAGGUCAACUGAACACAAAAGAAACUGCGAUGGCAACUGAGUUUCUUGAGCAGGGUAAGGAGCAAGAAUUCACUAAAGAAGGGAAAUCUCCUAAACUGCAUACAGGGGUAGAAGUAAUUUUGCAGAGACACCCCCAUCCAUCUGACAACCACUCACCAAAACAAUUGGCCCAAGUGAAAAGUUCCUUGCUGCUGCCCAUUAAAGCUCCUGCCAUGAUCAAGACAUCGAAAAACACCAAAACAGGGGAGCAGCUGCAGCAGACUGAUGAGGAAACUGAGGACGUUGGGCUGUUUAUUCCACUGGAGGAGCAAGAUUUAGAGGAAGGCGAGAGGAGGAAGAGGAGGAGGAAGGCAACCAAACGUAAACGUGAAGAGAGAUGCCAAGAAGAGGAGGCGUCCUUGGCUUGUGACAUCAAACUAGAUGAUAUGCUUGAUCGCACCUUAGAAGAUGGAGCGAAACAGCACAACUUGACCGUCGUCAAUGUGCGAAAUAUCCUCCAUGAAGUGAUCACAAAUGAGCACGUGGUCGCCAUGAUGAAAGCAGCCAUCAGUGAGACAGAAGACAUGCCCAUGUUUGAGCCAAAAAUGACUCGCUCUAAACUGAAGGAAGUUGUGGAGAAAGGAGUGGUAAUCCCUGCAUGGAAUAUUUCUCCAAUUAAGAAGGCUAAUGAGAUCAAGCCUCCUCAGUUUGUGGACAUUCCCCUUGAAGAUGAUGAUUCAUCUGAUGAGGAAUACCAGCCUGAGGAUGAGGAUGAAGAUGAGACUGCUGAAGAGAGCUUGUUGGAAAGUGAUGUGGAGAGCACUGCCUCUUCUCCUCGGGGAGCAAAGCGAUCUAGGACAAGGCGAUCAUCAGAUAUGAUAGAGACAGAUGAAGAGGGAGCAACCCUAUCUGAGGUGGAGAAGGUUUCUACACCCCUUAUUAGGCAUAUUAGUGCUGAAGUGGUUCCCAUGGGACCUCCACCACCACCUAAACCGAAACAGAGCAGAGAUAGCACUUUUAUGGAGAAGCUGCAUGCUGUGGAUGAGGAACUGGCCUCCAGCCCAGUGUGCAUGGAUUCCUACCAGGUGACACUGAGACUCAGCAGGGAAGCAGUAGACUGUAAAAUUGGGAGCAAGAGACCUAAGAGGUCUUUGGAUGAUAGCCUCAUUGCUUUCCGCACUCGAUCAAAGAGACCCUUGAAGGAUGUUCCUCUUGGUCAAUUGGAGGCUGAGCUCCGUGCCCCAGAUAUCACACCAGACAUGUAUGACCCAAAUACUGCAGAUGAUGAAGACUGGAAAAGGUGGCUUGGGGGACUCAUGAAUGAUGAUGUGGAGAGCGAGGAUGAGGCUGAUGAUGAUGAUGACCCUGAGUAUAACUUCCUGGAAGAUCUGGAUGAACCAGAUACAGAAGACUUCAGGAACGAUCGUGCUGUGAGAAUCACCAAGAAAGAAGUAAAUGAACUGAUGGAGGAGCUAUUUGAGACUUUCCAGGAUGAGAUGGGUUUCUCCAACAUGGAAGAUGAAGGCCCAGAAGAUGAGGACACCGUUGCAGAGUCACGGCCGAAUUUUAACACACCACAGGCACUUAGAUUUGAAGAGCCUCUGGCCAACCUACUCAACGAACAGCACCGGACAGUGAAGGAACAGCUUGAACAGCUGAGAAUAAAGAAAUCUUCGACCAAGCAUCCACAGGAGAUGGAGGGGUCAAAACCUCAAAUUGAGAAGCCACUUCAGACCCUAGUUUUGGACAUGGGGCAGAGAAAGAGGCUGCAUCAGCAAAUGCAGCAGCAUGUCCAGCUCCUGACUCAAAUCCACCUUCUCACCAGCUCCAACUCUAGUCUGAGUUCAGAAGCUAGCACCACGAGGAUGUUUCUGACUGAGCUGAGUAACUUUGCUCACAGUUCCAUGCUCCUUCGUCAGCAGUUCCAUCCCAAGUUUCAAACAGAGUUCCAACCAUGUAACUUGAAGGGAGCGUUGCAGCUCAUUGAAGACUUUCAUGCCCAGGUCAAAGUUGAUUGGAGCCCUCGCAAAACUGUGAAGAAGAGUGCAAAUGAAUUCCCCUGUAUUCCAAAGCAAGUGGCAUGGAUUCUGGCAACGAGAAAAGUGUUUAUGUACCCAGAGCUGUUACCAAUUUGCUCCCUGAAGGCCAAAGCCCCCCAGAACAAGAUUAUAUUCACAAAGGCAGAGGACAAAAUUUUUUUUCCUUUCAGUUUAUUAGCUUUGGGUCUGAAACACUUUGAAGGGACAGAAUUUCCUAAACCUUUGAUCAGCAAGUAUCUCCUGCCAGCAAAGACUGCGCACCAGCUGACAGUGAGAAUCAAGAACCUCAAUAUGAACCGUGCCCCUGACAAUAUCAUCAGAUAUUAUAAACGAACAAAGCAGUUGCCCAUUUUGUUCAAGUGUUGUGAGGAGAUCCAGCCUUCUGAGUGCAAACCCCCUGUGGAGAGGGAAGAGCAGCAUUUGCCAUUCUGGCUGAAGGCAAGUUUAUCCUCCCUUCAAAGGGAGCUGAAGCAAUUAGCAGAAGAUGCUGGGGAGGCAGCAGGUUCACCCAGUACAGAAUCUGCUCUUUUGAGGACAGAAAAAGAAACUUUGGAAUCGCAGUGUGAUGAAAAAUACCCCCUGCUCAUGCCCAAGGGAAUAGUGCUGACACUGAAGCCUCUUGCCAACCGUUUCUCCAGGAGAGCUUGGAGGCGGCAGGGGUCUGCAGCCCUGAAGCCCCUACUCAUUCGACCAAGUCCUUGUCUGCAGCCGAGUGCCAACACUAUUAAUAUUCAGAAAGCUGCUGUAAAGUUACCCCAAUCAGAAGCUCCUCCUAGCAAAGUUGUGGUUCAAAUUCCCCGGUUAAUCCAGCCAGCUACAAUUAUGCAGACUAUACCAGGAAUGCAGCAUUUGAACAUCCCUUCAGCAGUGGGGAGUGGCGAUUGCUUUGAAUUUCAAAGCGUGCUUUCCACUUUACAAUCUGAUUCCAGAACUUCUCUUCCAGCUGAUAUACCACCAGCACUAGUAUCCUCAACCCCUGUGACUUUUCAGACAAAAAUGAUGCCAGCAUUGACUGCCUCAAAAAUCCGCAAACCCUGUGUCCGCAGGGGGUACCAAAAGAAAAAGGGAACAAAAUCCACCCCUCUGAUAAAGGCUGCCCCUUUGAUCCAUCCAGCCCCUGUCAUCUUUACGGUACCUGCUGCUACAGUGAAAGUGGUUAGUAUUGGCAAUGGCUGCAAUAUGAUUCAGCCCAUAAAGACAACAGUUGGCAGCGGCACUCAGGCUAUUCCAAUUACAGCUUUGUUGGUAAAUCCCACCACCUUCCCAUGCCCAUUAAAUCAGCCUCUAGUGUCCUCUUCUAUUCCUCCCUUGAUAGCCUCUCCUAACUCUGUAGGUCUUCCUGCUUCAUCAACUGCUGAAGAAAAAGAGCAGUUGAAUCUAGUCACUUCCCAUCUUGCUGUAAAUGAUGAAAAUUCCUUCCCCAUAGCUGAGCCUAAAGUCGAACCCCGAGAGCUUUACUCUUCAUGUUCUGCCAUCUCCCCCAAGAAGGAACACAGCACAGGUCCUGCUACUCCAGACAGUGACAGCCAGGAGAAGGUUAAAGAGAGUGAGUGUUAUAGUUGGAUAGUUGUGGAGACAAUGGAAAAGGCGGCCUUGGAGCCAUUACCAGUGGACCUCUUACCUCAUUUGGAGGAUUUAGGAGAAACAGUGAAAACUGAACCUGAAGAUUCCAGUGAUGCCCUAGAAGAAGAAAACCCAACUCAGGAGAAGAAAAACUUGAACGCUGAAAUAAAGGAGGAGUUCAUACUGGAUCUAGGGCAAGAGCUGGACAUGGAGGUCCCAUCUGAGCAUCUGAGUGAACAAAAGGAAAUUAAAAAAGAGUGCACCUCCCAUCAGGAGAAGGGACGAGAAGUAGAGGCACCCACCCAGGAUGAGCAGCAGUUGGAAGACAUUGAUACAGCUGGGAUGGAAAUGAGCCAUGAGUCUUCCAAGAAUGCCUCUCAUUCAGUAGAUGUUGAUGCAGAAUUCAGUAGUCCAUUGGGGAAACCAGAGGACUCAUCCAGUGUGGAUGGUCAGUCUGUAGGGACACCAGCUGGCCCUGAAGCAGUGGGAGAGAAGGAUGGACAAGAAGAGGAAGAGGAGGAGGAUUUCGAUGAUUUUACUCAAGAUGCUGAUGACAUUUCUUCUUCUUCCUCCUCAUCAGAAGAGUCCGUGCUUUCUGUGCCAGAACUUCAGGAGACAAUGGAAAAACUGACUUGGCUUGCAACAGAGAGGCAUCUGAGCCAGGAGGGAGAUUCUGAGGAAGAGAAUUCCCAGGAAGAGAACUCAGAGCCGGAAGAGGAAGAGGAGGAGGAGGGAGAAGGGGAAGGAAUGGAGAGUUUGCAAAAAGAAGAUGAAAUGACAGAUGAGAUAGCUGAAGAUUUAGCAGAGGAACCCAAAUCUGCCUUCAUUUUUACAAAGGUUGCCCCAGAGGUGGAAACCAACAGAGUGCCACCAGAUGAGAAUGUGAAAGUGCCUGGGAAAAACAGGAACUCCCACAGAGCCAGGAAUAAGAGGGGACGGACUCGUGCCAGCAAAGACACCUCCAAGUUGCUGCUGCUGUAUGAUGAGGAGAUUCUGGAGAGAGACCCUCUCAGGGAACAGAAGGAUUUGGCAUUUGCACAAGCCUAUCUGAACAGGGUGCGCGAAGCUUUGCGGAAUGUGCCUGGGAAGUAUGAAGACUUUCUUCGUGUUAUCUAUGAGUUUGAGACCAGCACUCACAAGCGAACUGCCGUGGAUCUGUAUUCCACUCUCCAGACCCUCCUGCAGGAGUGGCCACAGCUACUCACAGACUUUGCUGCCUUUCUUUUGCCUGAGCAAGCUCUGGAGUGUGGAUUGUUUGAAGAGCAGCAAGCAUUUGACAAAAGCCGGAAGUUCCUCAGGCAGCUGGAAAUUUGCUUUGCUGAAAAUCCCACUCACCAUCAAAAGAUCAUCAAAGUGCUGCAAAGCUGUGCAGACUGCCUCCCCCAGGACAUUGCAGAGUUGAAGACCCAGAUGUGGCAGCUGCUGAAAGGACAUGACCACCUGCAGGAUGAAUUCUCCAUCUUCUUUGAUCAUUUACGUCCAUCAGCCAGCCGCAUGGGAGACUUUGAGGAGAUCAACUGGACAGAGGAGAAAGAGUAUGAGUUUGAUGGGUUUGAAGAGGUGUCGUUACCAGAUGUAGAAGAGGAGGAGGAAACCCCCAAGAUGCACACAGCCUCGAAAAAUAAAAAGAGGAAAGAGAUUGGAGGCCAGAACAAUGACAAGGAGAUGGAGUGGGUGGAUGGGGUGAAGGAAUUUUCAUGCUCCUGCCAUGAAGGGAGCAGUGACCCCAAACUAAAGAAGAGCAAGAGGAGGACCUGCAGCCAUUCCAGCUGUAAGGUGUGUGAUAGCAAAUCCUAUAAAAAUAAAGAUUCUCAAGAGCUCACUAACAGCCUGACUCAACGAGAGUUGAGCCCUCAGCCUGAAGAGAAGGAGCUUGGGACAUGUAAGGAGCCUGCAGAGGAGUCUCUGGAGUACAGGGAUGAAGAGGAGAAUGGCCAGAGCAGAACAAAAAACAUGUCUAGGAAAGCAGACUCCCUGGCUUCAGGAUCUCAACUAGAAGGACAGUUGAUUUGCUGCAGAGGCGUGUCUUCUGAAGGAGGAUUGCCGAAUAGCAGGGUCCUAGAACUGAGCUCUACAGGAAGCCCUCUGUGCUCUGCAAAAGCUAGGGUCACUGCUGUUGUGGACACCGCAAAAGAAAGUCAAAUUGGAAUUGCUGACUCUGGAUUUAAUAUAAAGCUGCCUCAACAGAACAAAAGCAACCCUUAUGCUCUAGGAAGUUAUAGUGAGACCAGAUUAAACCAGAGACAAGGAGGGACUGGUGAGGGUUCCCUUGGCCUUGCCAAGCAUGUUUUAGGGUCUGAUUCAGCUGCAAGGACAGGCUGCAUGGGAGCUGAUCUUUUCCCUGGAAGGAGCUUGCAACAGAAUGUAGCUCUUCAGUUCAAGUCAUCAGUUAAACCUGGACAUGCUCCUUCAAAAUCAGGAGGGAGAGAAAUGGAGAGAUUGUCCUUCCCUCUGAAAGGAAAACCUGAAGUGAAGAGGAAUUGGUUGGGAGCAGUUAGAAAACUCAGGCUGAAAAUACUGGAUAAGAGCUCCCACUUGCAGGUCCCCAGUGAUCAUAUACUAUCCGAAGCAGAUGGUACUGGCUGCAUUGGAGUCUCUCCUUUUGACCAGGAAUCACAGAGCAGAUUAAAGUCAAAUAAAAGUAACUGCUGCUUUGAGGUGCACCAACAGUCUGAAGAGCUGGGAUGUAGAGCAGUUCCUUCUGACAUGGGGCAAAGGGAAGAUGAGCAGCAGCAGAAAAUCAUGGAAGCCACCGUGUGUGCAAAGAAUAGCAAAGUCAGCUCUACUGGGGAGAAGGUUGUUCUCUGGACCAGGGAGGCUGACCGUGUCAUUCUUACCACUUGCCAGGAGCGAGGAGCCCACCUGGAAACCUUCAGUGCCAUCUCACAGGAACUGGGCAAUAAAACUGCUAGUGAGGUGUCCCACCGGUUCAGGGAAUUGAUGAGGCUCUUCCAUACAUCCUAUGACGGAAGCUCUGAGGAUGAGGAAGAUGCAACAAGCACCAGCAAUACUGACCAGCUGUCAGAUAAGGAUCUGCUCCUCUCUGAAGAAGAACAGGAUGAGUAAACUACACUUUAGGUACUAGCCAGUUUGCUGGUAGAGGCAGGAAUAUUUGCACAGGACUGUAAAUUAAAAUGGCACCUUACUUUUUGGGAUAAUCUUGCUACAUAUGUAAAUCAACUAAAUUUCAUUUCUACAGGAGCACAGGUCUAAUGUUUCCUACAAAAUUAGUAGGAUAAUUUUACCCUGACAGCUUUUCAUUCUGCAAAUGUGAUCUGCAUGACUAAAAGGGGAAAGUUUAUAAAGACACUAUUGGGGCUAGGCUCUGCCUCUGUGUAAUAAAGAUUUAAAUUGAA